UUCCCUCGCUGCUGUCUCAUGUGGCAGGAACGACAUGGCUGUGAAUGGGGAGGUUAAACCACAGGCCAUCGACCGCGAUGUCUUGCGGCGUGGUCUCGUGACGAGCUCUACAAAAUUGCGAAUUGAGAGUCUGGGGCGGCUCGAGCACCAGGUGGCAGACGAGUCCCUUGUGCCUGCAGACCUGCAAGCUCUCUUAGCAACGCUUUUCGAAACAUAUCCCCUCUACGACGACAGGGAAUCGCGGCGCGCCGUCGAAGCAGUCCUCAAGUCGCUUAUAAACGGCCCACACGGCGACCUUGUCCUGCCCGCAAUUGUCAAAUUUCUGAAGGAAGAGUGCCAGAAGAAGGGUAUUGCGCACGUCAAUGCAUUCGUGCUGGUAGAAUGGUGCUCGAUCCUGCUCCUGCAGUUUGCAAAACAGCCAGAAAGAUGGUCGAAGUUUGGGCUGGAUCUAGCAUUGGCAGAUGCGCGCGUGCUGGAGACGUGUGUGGGCGCCGGCAGUGAUCGUCGAGCUACCCGUAUCUCGCACUCUGCUCUGGUUGUCACACGGCGUGCUCUGCGUGCUGUGUUGGGCUCGAAAGAAAUUGGACAGGAUGCACUCGACAAGCUGGUGUCGAGUCUCACUGCAAAGGGCGCCGCUCCCACGGCUGGAAACGCCGUAUUUCUCGGAGUCAUUGCUGGAGUCUCAUCACGCCUAUCAGACGUCAAGUCGCGAUUCGAGCAACACAAGCAAGAAUACUACGCAUUCUACGUACGCGAAAUGGUUGGCUCGAGGAGUCAGCUACCUGACCAUGUAUCGAAUGCGCUCCACGACUUCUUCGACACCUUCCCCACACUUGAGGAGAUCCGCAAGGAAAUCAUACCAACAAUCGAGAAGGCACUUCUACGUGCCCCAGAGGUUGUGCUGAACGACAUUGUGUCGCCAAUGUUACUGGCCCUUCCUGAGUCGAUGGACCUCUCAGAUGUCCUGAUCAGCAACUUGUUGAAACCGUUGCUCUCCAACGUCAAGUCAACCAAUCCCACGAUCCGUGCUGGAGCCCUGCGAACCUUCACAGCGCUAGCUUCGAGAUCACAAAACAAAGACGUCAUUGGGAAAGUCGCAGACGAAGUGCUGAAUCCCUUGAAGCAGGGCAAGGUUUCAGGUGUCGACCAGAAAGUCAUACACGCCCAGAUGCUGUCAGCGUUCAAGGAGUCUCCGGCUCUGUCUCAGAAGAUCCCUGCCAGCAUUGCACCUGUUGCGCUGAAGGAGCCUGGCGAGCAAGCUGUAGUGGCUGAAGUGUCCGCCAUGACCAAGCAUCUCACAUAUGGACUGGUUAACGGGGUAGCUCUUGACAAGACCGUCACAGAUGCCUUCAUCAAGGGUAUGGCAGACAAACGUAUCCCAGUCCGCCGUCUUUGGGCGAUUCGCGCAGCAGACAUCUGGUGGGACCUUACAGACGCACAGCAUGCCCAGGCAGACAUCUUGGCCUUCUGUCAAAGCACACUGCCAAAGCUUGUGGAGAUUUGGCAAGAAGUCAAUGCUAACCCACUUCCUGCAACACAAAGCGGUCUGGUAACUGUAGGUCAUUACGUCACCGCACUUCUUCUCAAGAUCCGCAACACCAAAGAUGAGAAGCUUGCCGCUGUCUACAAGAAGUCUGACGUGCUCUCGCAAUCACUGGUGAGCCAGCCGAAGCCUUCAUUCCUGCUCAACACAAAAGUAUACACCAAGUUGUCCACCGAGGACGAUGUUGUAAUCGCACUGCGCGCCUUGAGAGCCGUUGCUCCCUUCAUUACAAAAGAGACUACCUCCAAAGACGUCCAGGAUGCAUGGGCACAAGCGUUCAUUUUCUUUAUUGCUGGACAGAGCGUAUCGUCGAGAGCAAAGUCUGCUGCCAGGCUAGCUCUGGCACAAGAGUACCUCGAAGUUUCAACAGAGAAGAUCAGUGAGAUCAUCAUCCAAGGGGUUUGGUCCUGGUACAGGUCAAGCGUACAAGAAGAUAAGGAAAGCGCAGCGUUCGCAUCCAAGUCUGGUUCUACUGAACUUGGCGCGGUCUUGGGUUGCAUCUGCCUGCCACCUGAUGUUGUGAAAAAGCUCGAGGGAAGCGUCACUCAAGAUCAGUUGCGCAAGCAAGCCAUCAGUCUGCUAGUGCUGGCAAGGGGCGAACUCAUUCCAAGAACAGCCUGGAUUGAUACGUGCCUUCGCAUGGGCGUUGAUCCUGGCCAGCUUGUACAAGAAACCCUGCAAGAAUGCAUGACUUUGAUCAAUGAGGCUACUGAGAACAAGGACAACGAACAGUUCCCAGGGAUAAGCUUAGCAGCGUACAGUGCCUAUACUGAUCUGGCCUUUGUCGCACCUGAGACAGCUUUGCCGGUCAUAGUGAAGCAGUUCAGUCAGGAUCUCGAUCCCAAGCAGCUCGAGUCAGUCGGUCCCCAGGAAGCAGCCAUUUUCAGGACACCUGAAGGAACAACAUACAUCGACGUGUUGUCCAAGAAGGCGCCCGUCACAAUCGAUAAGAACACCAAGGAUUACGACACCCUGAAGUGGGAGGAAGAACUACGGGCGCAGCUCGCUCAGAAACAGGGUGCCAAACCCAAAAAGCUUACCUCUGAAGAACAGGCGAAGGUCAAUGCUCAGCUAGCCAAAGAGUCAGUCAUCAGGACAGACGUGGCUUCGACAGAACUGAAGAUGAGACGUGGUGUGGGCAUUAUUCAAAGUCUUGCCACUGGGCCACCUACGGAGGCAGAGCAGUGGAUGGGACCUGCUGUCGAUCUUCUCAUCCACUCUAUCCGCGCUGGUGCUGGUCUUCUACUUGGCGACCGACCGGCUACGACUUUCAUCGCAUGCUCACAGCGCGUCUCAACCCGUCUCGGUCCCAUAAGGCCAUUCGUCGGUGUCGCGACAUUGCGAACCAUUGGUUCAAUACAGCUCUCCGAUGAGUAUGAGGGAGAGCCGCUCGGCGAUCUCGUCACAAGAGUAUUGUAUCGACUUCGUUUCCUCAGCGAACAACGUCCUCUCGACUCCGUGUCCGUUGCGUACUGCUUGCCACUCAUCUUCCUUGUACUUGAGAAGGGCGGCAUCGGCAAGGAAUCACCAGAAGAGGCCGACGAACAGCUGAUUCUAGCAUUCGAGUUCUUAUCCUUCCACGCCAAUUCCUGUACGGACACCCGAUUACCACGCAAAGCCAUACUCGAAAUUCUCGUAUGGUCAAUGCAAACUUACCAGCAGCACUACAAAAUGAUCAAAGACUGUCUGACAGACUUUGCUCGAGGUCUGGCUCCUAACAUCACUAACGAGGAGCUGGGUGCAUUGCUUCGAGGGACAAUCGUGCCUGAGACUUCUGUGCGUACAGCAACACUGCAGGCCAUCGAUGCAGAGCUUGACAUGAACGAUCUGAAGUUCAGUGAAGAGAUCUUCAUCGCAUCUCAUGACGAUGAUGAGGAGAAUGUCGAACUUGCAAAGACCAUUUGGAGUGAGAAUGAGCUUGAGCUCAGUGCUGAUGCUGGUGUAAAGAUGCUGCCUUAUCUGGAGUCUCUCGACAAGCAGCUUCGACGGGCAGCUGCUCGUUCCAUCGGCGAGACUGUCGCGCAAUUCCCAGAAGUUUUUGAUGACUUGCUACAAAAACUCCAGGAGUCAUACGUCGAGAAGGCUAAGGAACGACUUCCGGAGCGCGACGAGUACGGCAUGCCGCGUAAGAAUGAUACCCGCGAUCCAUGGGAAGCCAGAGACGGUAUCGCACUGGCUUACAAGGAGAUGACAUCCGGCUUCAAGCCUCAUAGUCUAUCAGACUUCCUCACAUUCAUAGUCUACAAUGGGCCCCUAGGUGAUCGAAGUGCUGCUGUCCGCGACCAGAUGAUUGAGGCCGCAACAUCCAUCAUCACCAGCAAGGCCAAGUCGAAGGUCGAACAGUUGAUGGAGCUGUUCGAAAAUGCGCUGGAGAGCCCUGACCGGAAAUCAGCCGAGUACGACCAAGUGAACGAGGCCGUCAUCAUCCUCUAUGGUGCACUAGGUCGUCAUUUGGAGGCAGGAGACAAGCGCGUACCCAAGGUUGUACAACGACUACUUGCAGCCCUCCAUGUACCAUCCGAGAGUGUACAAUACGCUGUUGCGCAGUGCCUGCCACCACUGGUUCGUACCUCCGAGCAGGAGACAUCUGCGUACGUCGACCAGGUGAUGGAGCAGCUCCUCCUGUCCAAGAAGUACCCCGCGCGUCGUGGUGCUGCCUACGGUCUCGCUGGUAUCGUCCGUGGCAAGGGUCUCGGUGUACUCAGAGAGUACCGCAUCUUGUCCACUCUCAAUGGUGCAGUUGAGAACAAGAAGGACCCCAACGCCCGUCAAGGUGCUUUCUUGGCUUAUGAGCUUAUUUCGCUCAUUCUUGGACGUUUGUUCGAGCCGUACGUCAUUCAGCUUGUCCCACAGUUACUUGUUGGGUUCGGCGACACCAGCGCAGAUGUUCGUGAUGCUUGCUUAGACGCGGCAAAGACGUGCUUUUCCACCCUCAGCUCGUAUGGUGUCAAGCAAAUCCUGCCCAUCCUUCUGGACGGUCUCGAUGAGCAACAAUGGCGUAGCAAGAAGGGUGCUUGCGACUCUUUGGGUGCCAUGGCCUACCUUGACCCUAACCAGCUCGCUCUGAGUCUGCCAGACAUCAUCCCUCCACUGACGACUGUGCUGACUGACUCUCACAAAGAAGUCAGGUCCUCAGCCAACCGCAGCUUGAAGCGCUUUGGAGAAGUCAUCAGCAACCCAGAGAUCAAGAGUGUGGUUGACAUCCUCCUCAAAGCGCUCAGUGACCCGACUAAGCACACUGACGAUGCUCUUGAUUCUCUCAUUAAGAUCCAGUUUGCCCACUUCCUCGACGCUCCAUCGCUCGCGCUUGUCGUCCGCAUUCUCGAGCGUGGUCUCGGCGAUCGAUCUGCCACAAAGCGCAAGUCUGCGCAGAUCAUCGGCAGUCUGGCAUACCUUACGGAGCGAAAGGACCUCAUUGCCCACUUGCCAAUCCUUGUCGCCGGUCUGCGUGUAGCGAUCGUCGACCCGGUGCCUACUACGCGUGCCACAGCCUCGAAGGCCCUCGGUUCCCUCAUGGAGAAGCUUGGAGAGGAUGCGCUACCGGACCUUAUUCCCAGCCUCAUGGCCACCCUCAAGUCAGAUACUGGUGCUGGCGACCGUCUGGGUUCAGCACAGGCUCUGUCCGAGGUCCUUGCUGGUCUCGGUACCGGACGUCUGGAGGAGACUCUGCCCAGUAUCCUGCAGAACGUCUCGAGCAACAAGCCAUCUGUACGAGAAGGCUUCAUGUCGCUCUUUAUUUACCUGCCAGCUUGCUUCGGCAACAGCUUCGCCAACUACCUCAGCAAGAUCAUUCCUCCUAUCCUCGGUGGACUGGCGGACGAUGUCGAGUCCAUCCGCGAGACUGCUCUGCGUGCUGGUCGUCUCCUGGUCAAGAACUUCGCCACCAAGGCUAUCGAUCUGCUCCUGCCCGAAUUGGAGAGAGGUCUCGCAGACGACAGCCACCGCAUCCGUCUCAGCUCCGUCGAGCUGGUCGGAGAUUUGCUGUUCAACCUCACUGGUAUCAGCGGAAAGGAGGGCGAGGAUGUCGAAGAAGGCGCCAAAGAGGCUGGACAGUCUCUGCUCGAGGUUCUUGGAGAGGAGAAGCGCAACAAGGUUCUGUCAGCACUGUACAUCUGUCGCUGCGAUACAUCCGGCCUUGUCCGCACCGCAUCCAUCAACGUCUGGAAGGCAUUGGUGGCCUCUCCACGUACCCUUCGCGAGCUCAUUCCCGUACUCACUCAGUUCAUUAUUCGCCGUCUGGCCAGCUCCAACAUGGAGCAGAAGGUGAUUGCUGGAAACGCUCUUGGAGAGCUCAUGCGCAAGUCUGGCGAUGGCGUGCUGGCAACUUUACUCCCCACUCUCGAGGAAGGCCUACACUCUACCGAUACAGAUGCCAAGCAAGGUAUUUGCAUAGCACUUCGUGAGCUUAUCUCCUCUGCAACACCAGAGCAGUUGGAAGACUACGAGAAGACUCUGAUCCAGGUGGUAAGGACUGCAUUGGUGGACUCGGAUGAAGACGUACGAGACGCCGCCGCCGAAGCCUUUGAUGCCCUCCAACAGAUAUUCGGCAAGAAGGCUGUCGACCAGGUUCUGCCUUACUUGCUCAACCUGCUCCGCAGCGAAGACGAUGCACAGAACGCGCUGUCUGCCCUCCUCACCCUCCUCACAGAUCAGGCAAGAUCCAACAUCAUCUUGCCCAACCUCCUACCUACCCUCCUUACGUCGCCGAUGUCUGCCUUCAACGCUCGCGCCAUUGCCUCGUUGGCUGAAGUUGCAAGCUCGGCCAUGACCAGGAGGUUACCGAACAUCCUCAACACGAUCAUGGACAACGUCAUUACAUGCAAGGAUGAGGGUCUUAGACACGAUUUGGAGUCGUCGUUCGACAAGGUACUACUGUCGGUCGAUGAGUACGAUGGUCUCAACACUGCUAUGAGCGUAAUGCUGGCCUUGUCCAAGCACAACGAUGAACGCAGGCGUGCUCGUGCAGACAUGCACCUCGUUAAGUUCUUCGCCGAGACCGACGUCGACUUCUCUAGAUACUACCCUGACCUUAUUCGAGCUCUGCUUAUCUCAUUCGACGACAGUGAUAAGGAAGUCGUCAAGUCUGCAUGGACAGCACUUAGUACGCUCACCUCGAAACGCUUGCGCAAGGAGGAGAUGGAAUCUCUUGUCGUCUCUACUCGCCAAACCCUUUCCCAGGUCGGUGUUGCCGGCGCGAACCUGCCCGGUUUCUCUCUGCCAAAGGGUAUCAGCGCCAUCCUCCCCAUCUUCCUGCAGGGUCUCAUGAAUGGUUCGGUGGACCAGCGAACACAAGCAGCUUUGGCCAUCUCAGACAUCAUCGACCGCACCGAUGCUAAGGCACUCCAGCCGUUCGUCACGCAGAUUACUGGUCCCCUUAUUCGUGUGGUCACAGAGCGCUCGACAGAAGUCAAGGCAGCUAUCCUGCUUACUCUCAACAACCUGCUUGAGAAGAUUCCGACCUUCCUCAAGCCGUUCUUGCCUCAGCUGCAGCGCACAUUCGCGAAAUCGCUCGCCGAUACAUCUUCGGAUCUUCUGCGAGCGCGUGCAGCCAAGGCUCUAGGUACACUGAUUAAGCUGACUCCCAGGGUCGACCCGCUUAUUGCCGAGCUUGUAACUGGAUCUAAGACUAACGAUGAGGCUGUUAAGCUGGCCAUGUUGAAGGCACUGUUCGAGGUGGUCAGCAAGGCUGGCAAGAACAUGAGCGACGCCAGCAGGAACGCCAUUUUGGGUCUUAUCGACAACGAUCUCGACGACUCGGAUGAUUCCAUGGCAAUCACCAACGCCCGCCUCUUGGGCGCUCUUAUCAGCUGCUUGCCAGAAGAGAGCGCUGCCAGUCUGAUCAAGACGCGCGUGCUGACAACUCACUUCACCAAAGCAUCAUUGCUCGCUCUGAACGCCAUCCUGCUGGAUGCCCCAGAAGCGCUCACAGAAAACUUCGCCGACGAAACCCUGCACGUCAUCUGCCAGGGUAUCGCCCACAGCCAGCCCGUCAUCUCAGACAACUCCAUCCUCGCAGCUGGCAAAUACCUCCUGAGCGAAAAGACAACCAAGACCUUCGAGCACACCAAGCCCAUCUUCGAAGCCCUCGCUCCCGCCGUCGAGCCCGGCCACCCCGUCGACACCAGGCGCCUGGCUCUCGUCGUCCUGCGCACUGUCGCCCGCGAGCACAACGAGCUUGUGCGCCCACACAUCCCACUCCUCAUCCCCGUCGUCUUCGCCUCCGUCCGCGACCCCGUCAUUCCUGUCAAGCUCUCCGCCGAAGCAGCGUUCCUGACUAUCUUCUCUGUCGUCGAAGAGGAGGGCGCUGUGUUCGACAAGUACAUGGCGGACAAGGGCAAGAGCUUGCCGCCUGCGCAGCAGAGGAGUAUGAGUGAGUACUUCAAGAGGAUUGCGCUGAGGUUGGCGAAUCAGGCGAGGGAGAAGAGAGAGGCCGAGGGUGGAAGUGGUGGGUUGGGAUUGAGCAGUGAUGAGGUGGAGGACGAGAGGGAGAUUUGGAGUGUGGGGAAAGUGGAGUUGGGAGAUGUGUUUGGGGAUAGCUCGUAGAUGUGAUGGUGUGAAGGAGGAGUUAGAAAAGCAGCAUGUACUGCAUAUUGAAAGAU